AUGGGCAUCAUAGGGGCUGGGGUAAGUGGCAUAGCAGCUGCGAAACAGUUAUCCCAUCACAACCCUAUUGUUUUUGAGGCCUCAGAUUCCAUUGGUGGGGUUUGGAGCCAUUGCUCCUACAACUCCACCAAGCUUCAGUCUCAUCGUCGUGAUUACGAAUUCACCGAUUUCCCUUGGCCUCAAAGGGACAACCCCGAUUUUCCCACCCAUUUGGAGAUACUCAGUUAUCUCCACUCUUAUGCUCAACACUUUGAUGUUCUCAAGAACAUCAGGUUCAACUCCAAGGUGGUGGAAAUCCGCUUCACCGGCAACCGGGAAGUCUCUGGCUGUGCAAGCCCUUUUCCCGGUCAGCAUGUGUGGGAAGUUGCUGUGCAGACCAAUCACUCAGACACCAUUCAGUGGUAUGGGUUCGAAUUUGUUGUGGUUUGCGUUGGGAAAUAUGGGGACAUACCCAAGAUUCCAUCGUUUCCACAGAAGAAAGGGCCAGAGAUAUUCGAGGGAAAGGUGAUGCAUACGCUAGAUUACAGUAAACUUGACCAGGAAGCUGCUACUGAACUUCUCAAAGGGAAAAAGGUGGUGGUGGUUGGUUUCAAAAAGUCAGGUCUUGAUUUAGCCAUGGAGUGUGCACAGGCAAAUCAAGGACCCGAAGGACAAGCUUGCACCAUGAUUGUGAGGACUUUGCAUUGGACAGUUCCCCAUUACUGGAUUUGGGGACUGCCGUUUUUCUUGUUCUUCUCAACAAGAUCUUCUCAGUUCAUCCACGAGAGACCAGAUCAAGGCUUACUCAGGACUCUUCUUUGCCUCAUGUUAUCCCCACUGAGGCGUGGCAUUUCAAAGUUUAUUGAGUCCUACCUUCUUUGGAAACUUCCAUUGGAGAAAUAUGGAUUAAAACCAGAACACCCCUUUGUGGAGGAUUAUGCAUCUUGUCAAAUGGCCAUCAUGCCAGAAAAUUUCUUCUCCGAGGCAGAAAAAGGCAAAAUUGUCUUCAAGAAGGCAUCAAUGUGGUGGUUCUGGAAUGGAGGGAUUGAAUUUGAAGACAACACUAGGCUGAAUGCUGAUGUAGUGGUUCUUGCAACUGGUUUUGAUGGAAAGAAAAAACUGAAAACUAUUUUACCAGAGCCUUUUUGUAGCCUGUUGGAGUACCCUUCUGGUAUUAUGCCUUUAUAUAGGGGAACUAUCCAUCCAUUGAUUCCAAACAUGGCCUUUGUGGGUUUCGUUGAAAGUGUUUCAAAUCUUCACUCGUCAGAGCUACGUUCCAUGUGGCUUUCUGGGCUGGUAGAUGACAAAUUUAAGCUCCCAAGUGUUGAGAGCAUGCUUUCGCAAACUGCUGAGGAGAUAGAAGUGAUGAAGAGGUCAACUAGGUUCUAUAAGAGGCACUGCAUUUCAACUUACAGCAUCAACCAUAGCGAUGAAAUUUGCAAGGAUUUGGGGUGGAGUUCCUGGAGGAAGAAGAACUGGUUAUCCGAAGUAUUUGGCCCCUAUAGCAUUGAAGACUAUGCCAAGGAAGAUUGA